AUGUUUCGCGCAACCAUCAUUCCUCGUCUCCAGGAAAGCUUGGCAAGCACUGCCUUAGGCGACUGCUCCUUUCUUGAGCUAACGAUUUUCAUCAUCUCCCUCGCAAUCACUUUGGGAUCGUUUCGAGCAGUUUACCUGGUCUACUUCCAUCCAUUGGCAUCUUUUCCUGGACCCUACAAAGCGAUUUUCUCAAGUUGGUGGCAAUACCCGUUGAGCAAGCAUGGGAAAAUUGAAGAAGUUCUCGAGCACCUUCAUCGGACAUACGACACGCGCGUACUACGCAUCGGUCCAAACGAGCUACACAUCACCGAUCCCACGCUUUACCACACCAUCUACUCGCAACGCUAUACGUUCCCUAAACAAAGGUCUUUCUAUGAUGCUUUCAACACGCCCCAUUCCGUUUUUGUAGAGCAUGACGGAGAACUGCACCGUGCGCGACGGAAGCUACUCAGCAACUUUUUCUCGAAGUCAUCUGUACGAGCCAUGAACAAGAUCUUGCUCGCCAAGGUCACCAUUAUGUGCAACAGAAUAGAUGAGAUGAAAGGAAAUGGCGCGAUCAAUCUGUAUCACGCUUUCAGAUGUCUAACGGUAGACUUCAUUACCGAAGUUGCUUUCGGAGAAUCCUUCAAUCUGACUAUCGAGUCUGAAGACAACACAUUCAACACACCUUUCAUUGAAUGUUUUGACCUGGCUUCAGAAUCGCUAUGGGACCUGUUGUUCUUCCCCUUCAUCCGAACCAUCGUUAACAAAUGUCCGCCCGCUGUCGCAGCAAGACUUAGCGAGCCAGCAGCGAAGUUCCAGGGCCUCAUUCGUGCGGUUGCUGCUACAGUAGCCAACUUCAGACGUUUGAAAAGUUCCGGUAAAUGCCUGAACCGUGAGAUCGUGUUCGAUGCCAUGCAGCAUCUGGACGAUGAGCUGGUGCAGGCUGAAGCUUCGGACAUCUUGAUUGCAGGAUCUGAUACAACGGCUACAACCCUCGCAAUUGCCGUCCAAGCAAUUAUAGAGAACCCGACAAUAUUCACUAAUCUGAGGAAUGAGAUGAAGGACGCUGGUAUUACGGCAGAACACGAUUUUGACCUUCUUAGACUCGAGCAACUUCCAUAUCUGACUGCUUGUGUAAAGGAAGCAUUGCGCUGCGCUAUGGCAGUGCCUGGAAGACUUCCGCGAGUUGUACCGAACGGAACGAAACCACUCGUCGUUGACGAGAAGGUCAUCCCCGUCGGAACCAUUGUCGGCAUGUCUGCCUACUCGAUGCACUAUAACGAGAGCAUUUGGGGCGAAGAUGCCAGAGUAUUCAACCCAUCCCGAUGGCUAGUUGCAGAUGCAAAAGAUUUGGAGAGGUAUCUCGUAACUUUCUCCAAGGGUGCAAGGCAGUGUCUCGGAAUCAACAUUGCAUAUGCGGAGAUCACACUCACGCUCGCAAUGUUAGUUGCAAGAUUUCGCUUCACGAUCGACGAAACAGUGACGGAGUCCGAUGUCAGACAGCUAGACUACUUUGUUAGCGCGUUCGAGGGGACGGGUAUCCGUACUUACGUACAUGAGGACAAGUUGUAG